GUAGAAAUUAACUAACUUCCGCACCCAUCCUUAUACCGUGGUUGGCUGCUGAUUUCAGGUUAAUCGGAGCACUUUUUACUAUAUUAAGUUUACACAUGUCAUAUAUGUACCUAUAUUUGUUUGAUUACACUAUCGGGUAAUAAUAUUGACACAGCCAAAACGUUUUCCAAUAGUGACGAGUAAAUAUGACAAAUUGCAAGGUUUAUUCCUUAAAUGAAAUGGCAUAUACGUCUAAAAAGUAUCGAAAGAAAGCUGGAAUUAAAAUUGCUGUUAUAUUACUUUUUAUGAUGGUCAUUGGAGUUUGCAGUUGUUUGCUUGUCAUUUAUAUAAAGAUGAUGAACGAAGUGCAAAACGUAGUGGAAAAAGUGAAUAAUCUGAGCAGAAUCUUAAGUUCAACAAAAAUUUUCAACUGGAAUAUCACGAGUAUAGACCAAAAGUCAGUUAUUGAUCUUGAAAGAAUGCAAGACGAAGUUGCUGGAGAUAGUUAUAGAACAAAUAUGCUGACCAGAGAAAACACAGGAAUGAAAAGAUUUUUGUCUGGAGGCCCAAGUCUGGAAUUACUCAGUGAUGUCAAUUCAGGAGUAACUGCAGUUCAUUAUGUGCCACACGAGUAUCACGACAUUUAUCAGAAACAAGGAAUAAAAUGCAAAGGUUCCUGCUGCUACGUCUGGUCGGGGACUUUCUGUGCAAACCAAACAUUUAUGAUAAAUGAUCCUCUACACGGAGUCAAAUUUUUCAGACCUUCAUCUUGGAUGAAGUCACAACAUAUUGAGGAGGUUGAACCCCUUUCACAAAGCCAAGCAGACACAAGUUCCUUCACAGUGACCAAAUCUGGCCUUCAUCUUUUGUAUCUCAAUGUUUUGAUCCAGGCCACAAAAUCAUCACACGACGUAGCUAUCUACAUUGACAGCAAUCGUAAGCUGGACUGCCGGGAAAGCCUCGACUACGUUAGAUCAAAUCCUUCUAAUCCUUUUAUGUACUCCAAAGGGAAAACCUGUAGUGUGUCCGGUGUUUUCUUUCUACAACAGGGUAGUCAGCUCUCCAUCAGAUUCCUUACAGCAAAUACAGCAGUCAUACUCAAGCCUGAAAAUACAAACUUUGGGGCAAUAUUGCUCAAAACGUGACAAAAUAUGUAGACAUAUAAUGACAUUGAAAAACUUGUCUGAAUAAUAAAUUGAAUCACAUCUAACAUCUC